CACCUGCAACAUCUGGAGGUACAACGAGCGGCCAUCACCAGUGCCCGCUACCGCUCGCGCCGACGCCGGAUUUUGAUGAAACGGUGGUUGUGGACCCGAGGGAUCGAGUGAAUCUGCUCCAGCAGGCGUUUUCCCUUCCACCGUCGCCCUUCUCCCCGCAGCUCCUGUGUGGAACAAGAAACAUCAGGGAACAACAACAAACCGCCAGUUGUAGCUCUACAGCAGGGGCUCUGACCGAGGUAUUUUGUCCGCAACCAACGAAGUUGCUGACGGACUGCGAGAUGAAAGCUUCCACCGAAGAACGAACGUGUCCCGCACCACCGGGGACUUCACUUGCGAGCGCUGAAGAUGAUGCGGCGACUGUGGUAUCGGGAGCUUUAGAUGUUGACAACAAGAAGGACGUCAAAGAUCUUUCCACAACUGCCGCCCGUCGCAGUAGAGUGGAGGAGUCUUUCGAAGAGAUCGAUCUUUUCCAACGUCGCUACAACGAGGAGGAACACUCUGCGGAGGAACGACGGAGAGGACACGUCGACCAGCAUCAGUCUGUCGACACGCGGACGGCUGAGACGAAUGGAAAUAACCCUAGGAUCUCCGGUGCGCAACGACUUGGAGGUACAACUGGCAACUACGAAAUCGUCGAUCAACCACAAGGUAGUUCGAGCGAAUCUCUGCGGUUGCCGUCUACUGAUCUUUUGCUAGUACAACAUGGGGCAGCUGCUGUAGUACCUACUUCCCCUUCCGCGGCGCCUCAAGCAGGGGCGGGCGAAGCUGCAGCGUCU